UGCAAAUCAGAAGGAUUUCAACUUUGGAAAGUCGGUUGUUAUGGUGAUUUCAAAGCCCCGUCGUCAAAGCGAGCAAUGCCAGAGCUCUUGCUUACAGAUCGAGACAAAACGUCAAAGAAAUACACUGGUCAAUCGAUUGACUGGAAAAACUGGAAUACAUACUUACCUGAGUAAGUAUUUUUGUUCGGUAUCACGUCUAGUUAGCAACUUCUUAGCCGGAAGCUAAGGGUGUUAUAUGGAAGCGUAAAGUAAGGUUUUACUCAUUAGGGACCUUAAAAUAUACCGUUUCUGUCUUCAGGUAGGGUAGGUAGGCAAACAUGUUUACCAAGUAGUUAUAUAAAAGUCAACCAUGAUUUGCCAGAUGUGAUGACGGCAUCACCUUUCUAGCCAAUAGCCCAGCCGUUUCGUAAGGGUUAGGUGCAAUUUAGCCGUAUUUACCACGAUGGGAACUGGUCAAUUACCCGUACAAGCAAACGGUGUAUCUAAUAGUCUCGGCCGGCUAUUUUACGGGAAAACGAGUACGGGUAAGUUCUCGGUACUCGUCUCCCGUUUCCCAUCCACGUUCACCCGCUGAGUAGAUAAAUUCAAUUUACCACCAUCUUUUAGUCUGGAACAAGAGAGAAUGAGCUAUCAUUCUCUCUUGUCUGGAACUAAGAGCUCGGCCGGCGAACGCGCGCGGUACUCGACAACCACACUUCAACGCUAUUCCCUACUUAAAUAAAGCCCCCAUAUAAAAUUUUUCCAACUCAAAAAAUCCCGGAAAAGAACAUUUCAAACACACGAAAAAUUACUCGUUCAUUUUUUAGACUCCUAUAUUGAUGUAGAUACGAUUACCGUGAAAAUGAAAAAGUAAUUCUCUUGUCCUUUAUUUUCAUUUUAUUUUAUUUUUAUAAUGCACUGCAAUACUUUGUAUUUAAGUAGAAUAUAGUAUUUAUUCAUUGUAAAAUAUAUUGAUAUGACGUCUGAUUUCUUUGUAUUUAUUCAGACUGGCCUGCCUCGAAUAGCCUCACUAACUGCAGGCUAGUACCAAUGUAUUUUUUGUAAUAUGUUUCCGAAAUUAAGUAAAAGUUGAAGUUGAAGUUUAACUGCGGAGUAGUCCCGCCUCCUCUGGGGAUCGAAUUGUGGAAUGAAGGAAUAACUGGAAAUUUUCUUUACAACAGAAAAAAUGCAUAUAUUUUUUAUAUAUUUUCGGGCGGUUCGUAUGAUAGGGUUCUUAUGUAAUUACUACACAGUAGCCAACAAAUGUUAAAUGAAACUCUGCGUUGUGUUCAAGUCCCUUCAAAUAUUUUUAUGCUUCAGUUUUUCUUGUCGCUGUGCAAUGACAGCUAAAAACAAAAGUUACGAUUACAUGGGCGUCCAGUACUACGGAGAAUGCUGGAGCAGCAGUGACGCGAUCAACAGAUACAAUUUGUAUGGGCCAAAAGACAACUGCGUAAACACAGCCUUUGAGAUAUGCUCAGAUAACGACAGUUUGGCAUGUACUGGAGCGCUAUUUUCCAACUAUGUUUAUGAAAUUUUUGAAGGUAAGAAAAGAACUAAGCCUAUCAGGCUUAACUUCGCUAACUGA